CCACGUUGACUGUACUGUGUGUGACGACGUUUGAGAAAGUUUCGUGUAGGAUUUCUCUUGGAAGCAGGACCUUUAUUAUCUGAGGUUAUGAGUGUUGGCUUCAUAGGGGCGGGUCAGCUGACCCAUGCCCUGGUCAGGGGCUUCACAGCAGCAGGCGUGAUCGCCUCUCACAGAAUCACUGCCAGCUCCCCAGACACCGACCUCCCCACAGUACAAGGACUGAGAAAAUUGGGUGUAAAUUUCACGACCAGCAACAAAGAGACGGUGAACAAGAGUGAUGUCCUCUUCCUGGCGGUGAAGCCUCACAUCAUUCCCUUUGUGCUCGACGAAAUCGGAACAGACAUCGAAGAUCGUCACCUCAUCGUGUCCUGUGCAGCCGGUGUCACCAUCAGCUCCAUCGAGAAGAAGCUUCAACAGUACCACACUGAUCCAAAAGUGAUGCGCUGCAUGACCAACACUCCAGUGGUGGUUCGGGAGGGAGCCACCGUAUAUGCCACCGGCACACACGCGGAGGUGGAGGAUGGGAAACUUCUGGAGCAGCUGAUGGCCAGCGUGGGGUACUGCACCGAGGUGGAGGAAGACCUGAUCGAUGCUGUCACUGGACUGAGUGGCAGUGGCCCGGCUUACGUGUUCACAGCUGUGGAUGCUCUCGCUGAUGGAGGGGUGAAGAUGGGUCUGCCCCGACGACUGGCUGUGCGCCUCGGAGCCCAGGCUCUCCUGGGCGCCGCUCGAAUGCUGCUGGACUCGGAGCAGCACCCCGGGCAGCUCAAGGACAAUGUGUGCUCACCGGGGGGAGCCACUAUUCACGCCCUGCACGUCAUGGAGAGCGGCGGCUUCCGAAGCCUCUUGAUCAACGCUGUGGAGGCGUCCUGUGUCAGGACAAGGGAGCUCCAGUUUUUAGCAGACCAAGAGAAGAUCGGGGUCCGAUCUGGAGGGAUCAGUCUUUUUAACAGUGGCAAUCCAAGGACCAAGAAGCACUGA